GUCCUUGGAUGUGGUUCUGUUGCCCAAGCUGUUCUCAGUCGAGGACACUUAGGAGGAGUCAUCACUAUCAAUAUUGGAUUUCCAAUGGCAGUUGUGAUGGCCAUUUAUGUGGCUGCAGGUGUCUCUGGUGGCCACGUCAACCCAGCUGUUUCUUUUGCAUUGUGUCUUUUUGGACGGAUGAAGUGGUUCAAAUUCCCCUUUUAUGUGGGGGCCCAGUUCUUGGGAGCCUUUGUAGGGGCUGCAACCCUCUUCGGCAUUUACUAUGAUGCAUUUAUGUCUUUUGCUGGUGGAAAACUGCUCAUCGCGGGAGAAAAUGCAACAGCACACAUUUUCGCAACAUACCCAGCUCCGUAUCUGUCUCUGGCGAAUGCGUUUGCAGAACAAGUAGUGGCCACCACGCUCCUCCUCAUUGUCAUCUUUGCCAUUUUUGACUCAAGAAACUUGGGAGUCCCCAGAGGUCUAGAGCCUGUGAUCAUUGGCCUCCUGAUUGUCACCAUCGCCGCCUCUCUGGGAAUGAACAGUGGCUGUGCCAUGAACCCGGCUCGAGACCUGAGUCCCAGACUCUUCACUGCUUUGGCAGGUUGGGGGUUUGAGGUGUUCACAGUUGGGAAUAACUUCUGGUGGAUUCCUGUAGUGGGCCCUUUGGUUGGUGCUGCUCUUGGAGGCCUCAUCUAUUUUCUUCUCAUUGAAAUCCACCACCCAGAUCUGACCCCAGACUUGGAGACAGAACAACCGGAGGACAAACCAGAGAAAUAUGAACUGAAUGCAAUCAUGUAAUAGCAUGCUCAGGUCUUGGUUUACAGUUGGCUACCUACUGGGCUUUACCUUUCACAAAGCAUCUUCACACACAUUAUCUAAUUGAAUCCUCCUAGUGACCAUCUGGGGUAAAUAUCAAGCUGCUCAUCUUUCAAAUUAGAAAACAAAACCUUAGGAAAGUUGAAUUGCCUAAGGUCCCAUGGAAAGUUGAACAUCAUCGAAUGCAUCCUACACAUAUCAAAUUAAGAACUGCACAAAAAGUUUGACCAGCCCCUCUUGGCUCACCAGAAGAGGGAUUGGCAGCUGCCAGAAUUUGUACACAGCCUGGGAAACAUUCUUCUGGAUCCUAAGUUAUAACACUGCCAUCGUCUGAUUUUAUUCCCAGAAUCACUACAAAAGGAAGAGGUAGCCCAUAUUUUUCAUCUGCUGAAGAACAUUAUCAGAGGUGAUUAAGGGUGACCAUCCCAGCAUUGUACAUUCCAGGAAUUUCCUCUUGGUCAGGCUCCUCCCUGUCACUUUAGUCAAGAGUCAGUGAAUUAGGGAACUCUGCUCAAUGUUAUGAGGCAGUCUGGAUGAGAGGGAGUUUGGGGGAGAAUGGGUACACAUGUGUGGCUGAGUCCCUUUGCUGUCCACCUGAAACGAAACUCUAUCACUGCACUGUCAAUCAACCAUACUCCAAUAUAAAAUUAAAAGUGUAAAAAUUAAAAGGUAAAAAGUCUCUGUGAAUUACAAGCAUGAGAAAUUGUUCUACAUCAGUGAUGUGCUUUAACUGUUACAAAGCUCAGAAUUCCCAGACUAUCCAGUUUCUCAACUGUUUUGUAAUGAUAACAGAACAACCAAAAGCACAUGUGAAAUGUCUCCAGGGACCUUUAAUAGACAGUAAUAGACUGACAGAUGGAAUUUCUUCUUGCUCUGAAAAUACUGGCAUUUCCUAUUUGAAAUAAAUUUGGAGUGACGUGUU